GGUUUAAGUGUAUGUAGUCAUUUCUCUUCACACGCUCCGCUGUGCGCACACGGUGAAGACAAAAGCAGAGAGCGGUCCACCUCUCCAUGUGACGUCCAGCAGUCGGUGCUCUCCUCUCCAUCCUCUCCAGCUUCAACAUUUGUGAAGUGGCUGCCUCACCCGGUCGGACCGGAGGCCGUCUGGUCUCUGAUCUGUUCUCAGGAGUCACCGGAGACUCGCUGCGCACCGCCGGCGCCAGGCUGUGCGCCUCUCGGAUCACACCCGAGCCACCACGAGCUCUGGCGAUGGACAUGAUGGAAGGAGACGUUAUGGACAAGCUGGAAGACACGUCAUCGGUGUACGACUUCGACCCGAUCACCGGCAACAUUCCGGCCACCAAAGUAGAGAUCACCGUCUCCUGUAGAAAUCUGCUGGAUAAAGACACAUUCUCAAAGUCAGAUCCAAUGUGCGUGCUCUAUACACAAGGUGUCGAAACCAAACAGUGGAGAGAGUUUGGCAGAACAGAGGUGAUAGACAACACUCUAAACCCCGACUUUGUUAGAAAGUACAUCUUGGACUACUUUUUUGAGGAGAAGCAGAACCUUCGCUUUGACUUGUAUGAUGUUGACUCCAAAAGCCCCGACCUGUCCAAACAUCCCGCAGAACUCAACGACUUUUUGGGUCAGAUGUUCUGUACUCUUGGCGAGAUUGUUGGAUCGCCAGCCAGUCGACUGGAGAAACCACUGGGAGGGAUUCCAGGAAAGAAAUGUGGCACUAUUAUCCUGACUGCAGAGGAGCUGAGCAACUGUCGAGAUAGUGCCACCAUGCAGUUUUGUGCCAACAAGCUGGACAAAAAGGACUUCUUUGGCAAGUCGGACCCUUUCAUGGUUUUCUACAGAAGCAACGAGGAUGGAACGUUUACUAUCUGCCACAAAACAGAGGUGGUGAAGAACACAUUAAAUCCAGUGUGGCAGCCUUUUACCAUCCCAGUACGAGCACUCUGCAAUGGAGAUUAUGACAGAACAAUCAAAGUGGAGGUGUAUGACUGGGAUAGGGAUGGCAGCCACGAUUUCAUUGGGGACUUUACCACCAGCUACCGAGAGCUAGCUCGAGGGCAGAGCCAGUUCAAUGUGUAUGAGGUGAUUAAUACCAAAAAGAAAAUGAAGAAAAAGAAAUAUGUCAACUCUGGAACAGUGACCCUGCUUUCCUUCUCAGUGGAGUCGGAGUUCACCUUCUUAGAUUACAUUAAAGGAGGGACGCAGAUCAAUUUCACUGUGGCCAUUGAUUUCACAGCAUCUAACGGUAACCCGUCCCAGUCCACUUCACUGCACUACAUGAAUCCCUACCAGCUAAAUGCUUACGCCAUGGCCUUGAAGGCUGUUGGGGAGAUCAUUCAAGACUACGACAGUGACAAGAUGUUCCCGGCUUUAGGCUUUGGUGCCAAACUGCCGCCCGAUUGGCGGGUGUCACAUGAGUUCCCACUGAAUGGAAACAUUGAAAAUCCAUACUGCAAUGGUAUUGAAGGCAUCUUAGAGGCAUACCAUCAGAGUCUAAAGACAGUGCAGCUGUAUGGGCCGACAAACUUUGCUCCUGUGGUGAACCAUGUUGCCAGAUACGCAGCGGCGGUGCAGGAUGGCUCUCAGUACUUUGUGCUCCUCAUCAUCACAGACGGCGUCAUUUCAGACAUGGCCCAGACCAAAGAGGCCAUUGUAAAUGGUGCCAAGCUUCCUAUGUCAAUCAUCAUAGUCGGAGUGGGUCAGGCUGAGUUUGAUGCUAUGGUGGAGCUGGAUGGUGAUGACAUCAGGAUCUCAUCCCGGGGGAAACUGGCAGAGCGAGACAUAGUUCAGUUUGUUCCUUUCAGAGAUUAUAUGGACCGGACAGGUAACCACGUGCUAAGCAUGGCACGACUUGCUAAAGAUGUGCUAGCAGAGAUCCCUGACCAGUUCAUCUCUUACAUGAAGAGCCGGGGAAUCAAACCCAACCCGGCGCCACCUCCUUACACACCGCCGGGACACACACAUCACCACACUCAGAUCUGAUGCCCUCCUCUUUGGCUUUUCACUGAGGACUGACAAUAAGCAGCAGCUUCUCAGAGUCCAGUGGAAAUUCUCUGCCUCCUGUUUUUUUUUUUUUGGUGCAAAUAGGAGAAGGGGCACCAUGAAACGGGUGUUGAAUUUUGUGCUGUACACUCCAAAGACUAUUGGAGUAGUACUUUCUGUUUUCCUGUGAUAUAUUCCUCUGUUUUGUUUCUCUUGAAGAGAAACUACAAACCUUUCAGGACUCGUGGGUAAAAGCCUUUUAGGCAGUGACUGUUUCAUGUCCAAUAUGACAGCAGGUUGGUUAAAAACGAUCAUGUUGUGGUUAAAACUUGUGCCUGUUUGUGGUUGUUUCUCUAAGUGUAUCAGGACAUGUGAACUUUAACCUGAACCUUGCUCGUCAGUCACUGGUGUGGCCUAAUACAGUGAAAUUUUUUAGGCACCUUUUUCCCUUCUGGAAUAAGUUUUUAUAUUUGGGAGUAUUUCUGUAUCUGCUGAUGCAACCGUUAUGAAGAAAGAAAAGCCGUAAGAGUGUCGUUUACAAUUUAUUACCCUGAAGAUUAAUCAGGCUUGUCAUACCAUGACACUUCACCACCUGUCCUUCAGAGAUUUAGCGAGUAAAUGUUUAUAAGAGCAUGUCAUAUAAGAGUUUAAGGUGCAUAAUCCAGUAUUUAUUCUCAAAUGUUAUUCAGAGUGGCAUGGACCUUUGAUAGAUUGUUUUAACACCAUAAAAAUCUACCCAUUUUGAAGUGGUCAACAGUUAUUUUAAGUGAGUUGGAUUGAAAAGCACAACCUGACUACACACAAGUGUAAGAAUUAUGAAGAUAAAAGGUUAACCCCACUUAAUCAUUCUGCUGCUAUUCAUUGUGUUUGAAGAAACUACAACUGAGAUACUUUUGCACCACAAUCAAAGGUGCAUGUAACUUUCUACACACAAGUUUUAAUACAGAGGCUUUUUCACCACAGGAUGUGUUGCACAUGAAGAGCAUUAACUACAGCCCCAUUCCCAAAAAAGUUGGGAAGCUGCGUAAACUGCUAAUAAAAACAGAUUGCAGUGAUUUCUAAAUCAUUUACAGUAAUCCCUAGAUUUACUUGAAAGUGCUAUAAAAAGAUAACAUGUCUGUUGAAAGAGACAAAUCAUUUUUUGGGGGGAAAAAUAUUUCUUCUUUUUGAAUUUCAUGCCAGCAACAGUCUUCAAAAACUUUGUGUCAGGGCCAAGAAAAAAAUGGGUAAGUUGUGUUGAGGCUGAGUCUUUCAGUGCGACUGUGUUCUUCAUUCUGUGUCGGCAAAGAGUUUCACAAUUGAAGAAGGUCUCUCCCGGUAAAUAAAAAAAUAUAGGGAUUUCAUUAUCUUCCAUAUAUAAUAUUGCAAUGUCUGGAGAAAUCUCUGUAACACAAGAACAAGGCUGACACCCAAUGUUGUUUGACAACCAUGAAGUUCAACUGCCUCAAGUGCCCUUUAUUUAAAAACAGACACAAUUCUGCAGAAAGAAUUACAGACUGUGAUCAGCAAAACUGUAAAACCAAGGAAAGUUGAUGUAAUGCUUUGGAUUAGAUGUAUGGUAAUCCCUUUGUUUUAAUAUUUCCCGAGCAAUCUUUAAACAUUGCAUCUUUCUCCUGCCUUAACCAGGCAGCUCCACAAGGCCAACAAGCAGAUGCUGCAUGAGCUCAUAGCUAAUUUGCAUGCGGUUACAGAAUGUAAGUACCAAGGCCAUUUCUCAGCUGUUACUGCUUAUCCCAUAUUUAAAACCUAACAAAAUGUGCUUUUAAUAAAAAAAAGAAAUGAAAGUUUAAAGAAAUACAGCUGUUAAACUGUCAGAUUGCGGUAAAGCAGAAGCACAACACGUGACUCUGGAUGUUUAAAUUGCAAUUUUGUUCAUGUUUCUCCAUAUAUCAGAAUAGUCACACCCCUAAAAUCCUUUGUCCCAACCUUUUUUUCAAAUAUAUUGCUGGUAGUGAAUCCAAAAUAACAUCCCCCCCCCCAAAAUAAACCUAUCACAUUAUUUGAUAUAUUGUCAUUAUUUAAUGGCAAUAAUCGCUGCAUUCUGUUUUGAUUUACAUUUUGCACAAUGCCAAGUGGUUUUGGAAAAGGAUGGUGAUUUAUUGUAAUAGCUUUUAACCAUUGAAUCCUAUAGACUUUUCUUUUUACUUAUUUUGAAGUUUACCAUAAAUAUAAAAUAUAUAAGAUCAUACAUUUAAAAAAAAAGUAAGUUGGAGACAAAAAAAGAUGAUCACACAUUUUAACAAUAUAUAUAUGUAUAAAUACUAUCCAGAGUUAGGUUUCCAACCUGACCUGAUCUGAGUUUUAAUAUCUCCCGCAUAUUAACUGUCGAGCAAUUGCUUUGAUUUGCCUUAUUUUAAAAAUAAAAUGAUUAAUGUUAUCAGCACAUAUAUUGAUAGCAAAGGGCAUUGUUUUAAAUAUAAUCCCAUAUUUCUUCUGAUAUUUUACACUGAUCAUUAGGACAACCGAGUGGCCAGUAGUUACAUAAAUAUGUUCCCUAACUCAUUUUCCGUCCCGGUGGUCGGUUAUUUUAGCCUUGAUACUAUUCUUAACAUGCCACCUCUGCAGCCCAGACACUUUCACUGACAGUGAAAACCUGUAAGGCCCUGGUGAUCACGCAUCAGCAGUCACAAAAGCUCCAUCCUCAUAAACUCCUCCCGAGAGAUUUUCAUGUAAUAUAGAGCCGUCCUCCCUGCGCUGUAUAACAAGUAUCUUCUGGCAGAUAGUUCAAAAGCAGUUUCCAAAGCUUCACGAUUUAUUACAUUUAGUGGGCAAGAAAUUCUUUAAUCUGUGCAAAACACUUUCAUGUUUUUGUUUUAAUUUGGGUUUCUGUACAAUCUUAAAACCUGUCGCAUAUCCAGUUUUACAGAGUUUAUAAGAUUCCUCUUUCCACAACAAUGCAACAAUGAUCCAUAAAGUCUUUUGAUUGUAGCUGUAAAAAUAAUUAAGUAAAAUGAUUUUUGUAAUGGAAGAAAUUGAAAUGAUAUGAUCCAUGAAACUGAAUGAAAUUCUUUUGAUCAUUAUACAUGCACAAUACAUAUAAUACGGGAUUACAGUCGUAAGAAGACACAAAGUAUUUAUUCUUUAGUUAAUUACAUUAUUUCAGUGUUAUGCUUUGUUUAGUAUUCAUUAGCAACACCACCUGCCUCUCUACUUUAAGCUUUGUUUACUUAAGGGACAGGAAGCAUCACUACAUUUAUACAAAUCACUGAGGAGGCCUAUAAUUGAAAGCAGCCAUAUAUAUGCUGCAUAAAAAUGGAUUUGAAAGGGUGGCGGAGGCGUCUGCGUCCACUUUUAGUUCAUUCCAUCUUUCAUAACGUCAUUGUUGCAUAGUUUGAAACGGGAUCCAAUUUUGGUCAAAAUUGGAAUAUGUUAUGCUGCAGUCACGCUAAGGAAAACAGUGAUUGGAGACUAAAGCACAACCAAAUCUUGCAGUCUUGUUGCCUUUGAAACGGCUGCUUUAAAGACGGGGAUUGGGUCUGCGACCGGGCAACUUCAAAGCCACUUUGGUGAUAAAAUGACUAUAAGAUAGAGUCAGUCUGCUAUCAGUCUGUGACUGAAUGGGGUCAAGCUGGGAAGUACAUCUAUUUAUGGUCAUAUGGCAAAAACUGGAAAUAUGCUGCCAUCUGCAUUCACAGAAAUUCACAUUGAAUAGAAAUUUGAAUUCGUUACUUAACUUCAGAGUCUAGCCAGAACUUUAUAGACUUAAAACAGAGAUUUAGACCUUUCUCCAUGAAUGGUGACAUAGUUGCUGAAGCACAAAGAUUUAACUGCAGAGUGACACAGGCGCCCAGCAACCAGUACAACCAGAAUACAAGCAGCUAAGUCAAGGACCUUACUGCAAACAGACAGGUCACUGACGAGUUGCAUCAAUUGUUUGGAGACAGGCAACCUGUGCAAUCACCUUGCAGUUGAAAGAGGUCUACAGGAGCCUUAAACCUUAAAUUCCUAGUCACAAGGAGGUUGCUUUCCUGUUUUUACUCUGUGACUGAGACAAUAAUAACUUAACAACAGAUUUUUAGAUGACUUGCUUGUGUUUAUAUGAUUUCUCUCAGUAGUAAUAAACGGCUUCUGAAUGCUAGCUGUAUCAUCUUUUUCUAUGUUUGUCUCUCUGACUGUCGUCAUUAUUCAUCUCUUAGUAUAAUUAUUUUGCAUUCACAUUGCUCGGUUUCCUAGUUUAACCUUCAUGUGCCCUUCCUUGGUGUAGAGUAAAAAAAGAAUAAAGCAAAAAUAAGCCUAAAAUGAGCAGCCUACAGCAGACAGUAAAACAAUGCGUUUUCCUUUUUUGAACGGAUAAAGCCAGACAGAAGCAUAAUUCAUCUGAGCUAAAAAGGUGUCUCUUCAGGUGUCUAAUGUAGCAAACAAAGAAGGCCUUAAAUAAUGUGAAAGGCAGUCUCUCUGUCUCAUUUAGUUCUGUACAGAGAAGCAGCUCAGGUGGAGAAGUAAGUGGAGGAGAAAAAUUUGAUAAAUGGGGGUCAAAAUGGAAACAGCGAUCUGGUUGUUCGUGCGGUGUAAAAGAAGAAAGCCUCUGUUCUGUCUGAAUUUUGAGGUGUAUUAUAACAGCUUGUUCACAUAUAAAUCCAUCUAACACUUUAUGUUUGAGAGGAGUUAUUGUAUAUGGUUAAUAUAUUUUUGGCAAUAUUAUUGUAUCGAAGAUAUCUAUUGAUUUAUUUUUGAAGUUUUUAUGACAAACCAUCACUCCCCUCUUCUAUGUCAUUAUGGUGACUUCAUCUUUUGCCCAAAGCCUGAUUUAUUAGUAGGAUUAUCCACUGCAUGUUUGCUUGAGGAACUGUAAGAGUGUUUCACUCAUGUUGCCAUGAUCUGUAUAAAAAUUGGACCCAACCCAACCAGAUUACAUACAUUACUGUGCCAAACAUGGCAGUUACAGUGGACUGUUUGCUAUUUCUUCUUUAUCAUGCCUGGUUCUUCAAACAUUUCCUGUCUCACCAGUGGUUGAAUAAACUGUAGCUAAUUUGCAUGUUACAGUUAACACUUUAUUUGUUUAUUUUUUUGUCUGAUUUAACAGGCUAUAUUUGUUGUUUAUAUCUCUUGCAUUUUCCGAUUAGCAUGAUUCCCUAUUUUUAUGUUAAAAGGGUUUUUAUCGUACAUGAUUAUUGUCAUAUGGUGGGUUGUGAAAUGCUUUGUAUUGG